CGAAAGAGCCGGAUCCCGGGCGCACAGCCCAGGGAGAAAAGCCCGCCGUCCGGGCCGAGCGCUGCCACGGAGUCCGUGCGCAAUCGGCGAGAAGGGCCUGUGCCGACGGUUCGAGGCUCCUAGGCUCCUAAACCGUCGCAGAGCUGCUUGGCUGCCCGUCCCCCACCUUCCCCCUCUGCCACCCCGCCGGGGCCCAGACCGACCCGCCACCUGCGUCCCGGUUGCGCCAUGGAUCCUUCGGAGAAGAAGAUAUCGGUGUGGAUCUGCCAGGAGGAGAAGCUGGUGUCUGGUCUCUCUCGCCGCACCACCUGCUCCGACGUGGUGCGGGUGCUGUUGGAGGACGGCUGCCGGCGGCCGCGGAAGCAGCGGCGGGGCCGGCGGCGAGGGGCGGCCAGCGACUCGCCAGGCCGGGAGGAGCUGCGGGAACUCCUGGACGAGGACGACGAGGACGACGACGAGGCGCUGCCGCAAGGCAUGCUGUGCGGACCCCCGCAGUGCUAUUGCAUCGUGGAGAAGUGGCGGGGCUUUGAGCGUAUCCUGCCCAACAAGACGCGCAUCUUGCGUCUCUGGGCCGCCUGGGGCGACGAGCAAGAGAACGUGCGCUUUGUGCUGGUGCGCAGCGAGGCGUCGCUACCCAACGCGGGCCCCCGCAGCGCCGAGGCACGCGUUGUGCUCAGUCGGGAGCGCCCCUGCUCGGCUCGGGGGAUCCCGGCGCGGCCCAGCCUGGCCAUGACCCAGGAGAAACAGCGGCGGGUGGUUCGCAAGGCCUUCCGCAAGCUGGCCAAGCUCAACCGGCGGCGCCAGCAGCAGCCGUCGUCACCCUGUUCGUCCACGUCGUCGUCCACCGCUUCAUCCUGUUCGUCUUCGCCGCGGGCUGCCGAGCGCGCAUCCGUGGAGCGCAUGGAGACGCUGGUGCAUUUGGUGCUCUCCCAGGACCACACCAUCCGCCAGCAGGUGCAGCGGCUCCGGGAACUGGAUCGCGAGAUCGAUCGCUAUGAGGCCAAGGUGCACCUGGACCGCAUGCGGCGACAUGGAGUCAACUACGUGCAGGACACUUACUUGGUGGGCGCAGGCAUCGAGGUGGACGGGCCCAGCCCGGGAGAGGAGCCGGAGGCGGCCGCGGCUCCCCUGGACGGCGAGGCGCAGGCGGCCGCGCUGGAGGAGCUGGCCCGGCGGUGCGACGACCUGCUGCGCCUGCAGGAGCAGCGAGCCCAGCAGGAGGAGUUGCUCGAGCGCCUCUCGGCCGAGAUUCAGGAGGAGCUGAACCAGAGGUGGAUGCGGAGGCGCCAGGAGGAGCUCGCGGCGCGGGAGGAACCCCUGGAUCUUGAUGGCAGCCACGACGGUGAGCUGCUGCUGGAGCAGGAGCGGGUCAGGACGCAGCUCAGCACCAGCCUCUACAUCGGGCUCCGGCUCAACACGGACCUGGAGGCUGUCAAGUCGGAUUUGGAUUACAGCCAGCAGCAGUGGGACACCAAGGAGCGCGAGCUGCAGGGCCUUCUCCAGACUUUGCACACGUUGGAGCUGACGGUAGCGCCCGACGGGACUCUCGACUCUGGCGAUCCCUCCCGGGAAUCCCGGCCUCAGGGCCGCGCGGAGGUGUGGGUGGAUCAGGCCCGCGGGCUGGCCAAGAGCUGUCCCGGCAACGACGAGGACUCGGAUACCGGGCUGAGCUCUAUGCACAGCCAGGACUCGGACUCGGUGCCAGUGUGCGAAUCUCUUGUGUAAGGGGAGCAGGGUGGGACAGGGGGACGACCCUCCCCACUUCCUCGCAGAAAGCACUGGCAUGGCCGGCUCAGGGACUUGAAACCAGGUUGGGGGUGGGCCGGGGA